AUGUCCACCCCUACUGAAAAUAAGGAACCACGCCGAAUCCUCCUCGUCAGUGUACCCCGCACUGCCUCGAAUCUCCUCUUAAAGAUUCUAAACAUCCCCAACCAACCAAAUGUCGUGAGCAGCCCAAAGGGCGGCUACUUCUUCUACGAUGCCUUCAUGACAACAGUCCGAGGCGGUCGCUUGGACAGGCCAUUGGACCAUUGGACAACAGCUGCAACGAACGAGACCAAAGCCGCGCUCCAAAAUGGUUUCGACGGGCUAGAAGAAUACUCUGCGCGCGCACGCGCCGAGAACAAGAUAAUGUUCGCUAAAGAACACGCCUACUGGUUCGUCAACCCGGGCUUCAUGAGCACCUUUGACGGCGCCGAAAACACCGAGGAUCUGAAAGAGUUCCGCGUAUGCACGCCCGAACGCUAUGGACCCACGCAGACAUUCUCUGCCAAUAACAAGACCAUUAUGCCGGAUGAGUACCUGCGCACCUGGCAGAUAGCCUUCAUCAUCCGUCACCCGGCGCUAGCUUGGCCGUCGAUGUACCGUGCUAUGAUGAAGUUGUCUGAAGCCGGGUUCAUGGACGACGAUGGUAUGAGGGGCGCAUCGAUCACUAACAUGAACAUGGAGUGCACGCGGAGAUUGUUCGAUUGGUGUCUUGAGCAGCCGGAUCAGCCUGUCACGCCUUUAGUUAUUGAUGCACAUGAUGUUAUUCAUAACCCCGGUGCGGUGAUGAAAUUCUGUGAGAAGGCUGGCCUGGAUACCGCGUCUAUACAGUUUGAAUGGAAUGGCUCGGACAAGAAGUCUGAGAAUUGGACGCCGGAGAGUGCGAAUGCGGGGAAUCCUGAGGAGCAGGCGAUGCAUAAGAUUGCUGCUUCUGUUAUGUUGUCGACUUUGGAGGCAUCGACUGGGGUUGUUAAGUGUAAGGCUCCUGCGUCGGUUGAUAUUGAUGCGGAGGCUGCGAAGUGGCGUGUUGAAUUUGGGGGGCGAGGUUGCUGCGCUGAUUGA